AUGAUUUUCAGUCGGUGUUUCGGCGAUCAUGCCCAAGAAAAGAGAGAAGAUUUGCUGUAUGAUCUGCGAGAAGCCUCAGAGGACGUGUUUUGGUGGAAGACCCAUAUUCUUAGAUCUGUGAAUCAAGAUAAGGCGAAGGAAGACAUGAUAAAGAGGCUUGAUGAGAAUACGGUGUUGAUUGUAAUGGACUGGGCUAUGAAAUUUUUGCCGACCAGGUAUUGUGAAAAACAGUCUCAGUGGUUCGGAAAGAGAGGCCUGAGCUGGCAUAUAAGUAGUGUAAUCUCCAAGGUUGAUGGAAAAUUGCACACACAGUCAUUCACACAUCUCUUUGACAACUCAAGUCAAGAUUGGUAUGCUGUAGUCUCGAUUGUAGAAAACAUUUUGAAUUCAAAACCCAAGUAUCUCUGGAGCGUAUUUACGAUCCGACGAAGGAGCUUGCUAUCACAACAACAUGACCAUGGCAGCAUGCCAGGACAUCUCAAAGCUUACUGGAUUCAAAAUAAUAAAUGACCAUUUCUCUGAGCCAGGUCAAGGAAAAGAUAUCUGCGACAGGAUAAUUUGCGCUAUGAAGUCUGCCUUGAAGACGUUUGGUAAUGAAGGUAAUGACAUUUUAACAGCGAGUGAUAUGAGAAAGGCUUUGAAGGAGAGGAAAGUUUCUGGAACUACAGCAUGCGUUGGCAAGAUAGUCGAAGCGAAAAAUUCCUUAGUGAUAAAGAAAGUUAAAGGAUGUAGUACAAUUCAUAACUUUCAGUAUGAGAGUAAUGGCAUCAGGUUAUGGAAAGCUUACGGGAUUGGCAACGGGAAACUCAUCAAGAAUGAUUUUCUCUUCUCCAGUCAUCUAGAAAGGUCGUCACUACUUGAGGUCGUAGAAGGGCAACAUUUUUUUGAAAAUAACAGCAUUCGUGAAUUACAAAUCAAGAAUAAGAAUGCACAGCAAGUUCCCUCAGACAUGAUGUAUGAAUGCCCUCAGCCUGGUUGCAAGCAAGCUUUUGACCCCCUUAAUCAAUUAGAAGUUCAUCUUGACCUUGGUAGCCAUCAGCACGAUACGUAA